CCCACAGCCGAGGUCGGAGCAGCGCCGGGACACAUUUCGAGCAUCCUGGAGCUGCAGGUCGCGAGUGGGGGGCGCGGCAGGCUGGAGGCGUCGGAGCGUGCAGCAGCCGCUUUCUCCGGCUCCCACUGAAACGCCGACAGGAACGGAAAGCUCCACAGGCACACGCUCAUACACACGCGCCGCGCGCCCACGGAGGCAGGCGCAGAAGAGGAGCCUGGAGAAGAAGGCUGCUGUUUCGAGAAGCCUCUCACAAACGCUGCUUCGCCUUGUAAACGCCAGAGCUGAAUUCAACGCCCACCGCCCCUUCGAGGCCACCCGGACUUUGCCUAGCUCCCCUUGUCCUUUACGCGAUCACUGAGAAGGAGCACUUCUCGUAAAGUUUUCCCCCAUGGCGCUCAUUAUGGAACCUGUCAGUAAAUGGACGCCGAAUCAAGUGGUGGACUGGAUGAAAGGCCUUGAUGACUGCCUGCAACAGUAUAUCAAGAAUUUUGAGAGGGAGAAGAUUGGUGGAGACCAGCUACUACGUAUUACCCAUCAAGAGCUGGAAGAUCUGGGAGUUACUCGAAUUGGUCAUCAAGAGCUUAUCUUGGAAGCAGUGGACUUACUCUGUGCAUUGAAUUAUGGAUUAGAAACUGAAAACCUAAAAACACUUUCUCACAAGCUAAAUGCAUCUGCCAAAAACCUUCAGAACUUUAUCACAGGGAGAAGGAGGAGCGGUCAUUAUGAUGGUAGGACCAGCAGAAAAUUGCCAAAUGAUUUCCUUACCUCAGUGGUGGAUUUGAUUGGAGCAGCAAAAAGUCUCCUAGCUUGGCUGGACAGAUCACCUUUUGCUGCUGUAACCGAUUAUUCUGUCACAAGGAACAACGUCAUACAACUCUGCCUCGAAUUAACAACAAUUGUACAACAGGACUGCACAGUAUAUGAAACUGAGAACAAAAUUCUGCACGUGUGUAAGACUCUAUCUAGUGUCUGUGAUCAUAUAAUCUCACUUUCAUCUGAUCCCCUCGUGUCUCAAUCUGCUCAUCUGGAAGUGAUCCAGCUAGCAAACAUCAAGCCAAGUGAGGGGCUGGGUAUGUACAUUAAAUCUACAUAUGAUGGUCUCCAUGUAAUUACUGGAACAACAGAAAAUUCACCUGCAGAUCGAUGUAAGAAAAUCCAUGCUGGCGAUGAAGUGAUUCAAGUUAAUCACCAAACUGUGGUGGGGUGGCAGUUGAAAAAUUUGGUGAAUGCACUACGAGAGGAUCCGAGUGGUGUUAUCUUAACUUUGAAAAAGCGACCUCAGAGCAUGCUUACCUCAGCACCAGCUUUACUGAAAAAUAUGAGAUGGAAGCCCCUUGCUCUGCAGCCACUUGUAUCUAGAAGUCCUACAAGCAGUGUUGCGACACCAUCCAGUACUGUCAGCACACCUACUAAAAGAGACAGCUCAGCCCUCCAGGACCUCUACAUACCACCACCUCCAGCAGAGCCUUAUAUUCCCAGAGAUGAGAAGGGAAACCUUCCAUGUGAUGACAUUGGAAGACACCUAGUGGGAAAGCCAGUACAUAAAGGAUCUGAAUCUCCAAAUUCAUUUCUUGACCAAGAAUAUCGAAAGCGUUUUAAUGUUGUUGAAGAAGAUGCCAUUUUGUAUUGUUAUGAAUAUGAAAAAGGAAGAACAAGUAGUUCUGGAAGAAGAGAAAGCACACCAACAUAUGGGAAGCUAAGGCCUAUAUCUAUGCCAGUAGAAUAUAACUGGGUAGGGGAUUAUGAAGAACCUAGCAAAACAAAAAGAGAUAGCAGGAGAGAAAAUUCACUUCUUCGAUAUAUGAGCAAUGAGAAAAUAGCUCAAGAAGAUUACAUGUUCCAAAGGAAUAGCAAAAAGGACACGGGGAAAAAAUCUAAAAAGAAAGGAGACAAAAGCAACAGUCCUAGCCAUUAUUCUCUGCUACCUAGUUUACAAAUGGAAUCAUUAAGGCAAGACAGCAUGAGCACACCAGGGCCUGAAACAACUUUGUAUCAUACAUUUCAACAGUCCUCUCUUCAGCAUAAGUCUAAAAAGAAGAACAAAGGUCUAGCACCAAGUAAGAGUAAGCGACGGAUUUCUUGUAAAGAUCUAGGCCGUGGAGACUGUGAAGGCUGGCUGUGGAAAAAGAAAGAUGCUAAAAGUUACUUCUCACAAAAAUGGAAAAAAUACUGGUUUGUUCUGAAGGAAACCUCCCUGUAUUGGUAUAUCAAUGAGGAGGAUGAAAAAGCAGAGGGAUUCAUCAGUCUACCAGAAUUUAAAAUUGAUAGAGCUAAUGAAUGUCGCAAGAAGUAUGCAUUCAAGGCCUGCCAUCCUAAAAUCAAAAGCUUUUACUUUGCUGCUGAACAUCAAGAUGAUUUGAACAGGUGGUUGAACAGAAUUAAUAUGCUUGCUGCUGGGUAUGCAGAAAGGGAAAGGAUCAAACAAGAACAAGAUUAUUGGAGUGAAAGUGAUAAAGAAGAAGUAGACACACCUUCAACACCUAAACAAGACAGUCCACCUCCACCAUAUGACACAUACCCACGACCUCCUUCAAUGAGUUGUGCAAGUCCUUUUGUGGAACCAAAGCAUAGUCGACUGUCAUCUACUGAAACUUCUCAGUCCCAGUCUUCACAUGAAGAGUUCCGUCAGGAGCCAGUAGGGAGUACUACUGAAUCUCCCGUCCGCAAAACAGCAAGCCAGCGACGGUCUUGGCAGGAUUUAAUAGAAACACCACUGACAAGCUCAGGGCUACACUACCUUCAGACUCUACCACUUGAGGAUUCAGUGUUUUCUGACUCUGCUGUUAUCUCUCCAGAACACAGGCGGCAAUCAACUCUUCCUACUCAGAAAUGCCAUCUGCAGGAUCACUACGGCCCUUUUCCUUUAGAGGGUGAACGAAUGCAGGUUGUAAACGGGAAUGGGGAAAAGCCCCGCAGUUACACUCUGCCACGAGACGGCGGGUUCAAUCACUGCUGCCAUAUGCUUUCUGUCAGUGCUUCAAGCCAUCACGAAGAAGUGCCACAAAGAGAGCAAGAAGAAGAGGAACAAGGAGGAAAAAUUGCACAAGAAAAUCAAUCAAAUGAAACUGAAAUCUUAGAAGAAAAACCUGCAGAUUCAUUGCAAGAUUUGUACCGAUCCUUGGAACUAGCUAGUUUGUCCCCUCUAGGAGAUCGGCAAAUUUCUACCAAAAUGGAAUACAAGAAAUCUUUUAUUAGAAGAUGCUGUGACCCAGUGAUCAAUGAAAAAUUGCACCAGCUGCGAAUUCUGAAAAGCACUUUAAAGGCCAGAGAAGAAGAGGUAGCUAUGAUAGAUAAAGUUCUAGAUAAUCCAGAUUUGACAUCUAAAGACUUCCAAGACUGGAAACAAAUGUACCUUGAUCUCUUCCUCGAUAAUUCUCAGAACAAUGCAGAAGAGGAUCCGGUAAAUGACUCUGAUGACGUUGAUGUGCUUCUAGACUCUUUAGCACAUACCCAUUCCUAUAUUGAAACACAUGUAUAAUAAUAAUUUUAAACAUCUUAAUAUUUUGUUUUCAGCCCUUUUGGCACUCCAGACUUUUACUCGAAAGAGUAGCUUUUAUAUCACGUUGCAGGAUAUCUAUUUUAAUGUUUCUGAUAUGAGUAAAGUACAAUUUUCAUGGUCAUUGUGUGAAUAAAAACUUAUAUCCUUUUUAUGCUGCUGAUGCUCAGUUUAUGUUUAUGUUUACAAAUGUUGGCUAUGAUCCAAAGGAGUGUGCAUUUAUGGAUUAGAAUUAUAAGCAUUUUGUUUGAUGUUGGUGCUGACACAGUCUUCACUGCUAAAAAGUCAGUUUACUUUUUAAACUGAAGAGAAUCUCU